AUGUCCGUGCCUUUUGAGUAUGUACCAAUGUUUUCACAUCAAGCCGACACAACUGAAUAUCGUUUGCUGACCAAAGAAGGUGUCAAAGUUGAGCACUUUGAAGGGAGAGAGAUAUUAGUUGUUGAUAGUGAAGCUCUUCGUACUCUUACAGAAGCCGCAGUUCACGACACAAACUUCUUCCUUCGCAAGUCGCAUUUAACCAAGAUGUCCGCUGCUUUAAAAGACCCCGAAGCUUCACAGAACGACAAAACGGUGAUUUCUUCUCUAUUAGAAAAUGCUCUAAUAGCGUCACAAGGUAUUUUGCCAUUAUGUCAAGACACCGGGACAGUUAUUUGUCAUGGUUAUAAAGGUGAAGAUGUGAUUGUCAAUGGUGAUGAUGAGGCUUCUAUCAGUAAAGGUGUCUAUGACACAUACACCAAAAACAAUUUAAGGUAUAGUCAGAAUGCUCCACUGACAAUGUACGAUGAAGUGAACACAAAAUGCAAUCUUCCGGCUCAAAUAGACAUUGCAUCGACGAAAGGCAGUGAGUACAAAUUCCUCUUCUGUGUGAAAGGCGGAGGAAGUGCAAACAAGUCUUACCUCUACCAAGAGACUCGUGCAGUUUUAAACAAGUCGACACUUUUACCGUUCUUGGUCAAUAAGAUGGCAACUCUAGGAACAGCGGCGUGCCCGCCAUACCAUCUUGCCUUUGUGAUCGGAGGGACUUCUGCCGAGAAAAAUUUAGAAACAGUCAAAUUGGCGUCUACAGGGUAUUACGACGACCUUCCAACAACUGGAAACAAGGGCGGCCGUGCUUUCAGAGAUUUGCAGCUUGAAGAAGAAAUUCUACAGAAGGCGCAUGAGAUAGGUAUUGGAGCUCAAUAUGGUGGAAAGUAUUUUGCACUUGAUGCCCGUGUUAUUCGACUUCCCCGACAUGGUGCGUCGUGUCCGAUCGGGUUGGGUGUGUCGUGUAGCGCAGACAGAAAUGUCAAAGCGAAGAUAACUAAAGACGGAGUGUUUGUGGAAGCACUUGAAAGAGACGUUGAGAAGUACAUUGUUGGCGGCGAAGAAGAUAAAGUCGAGUUGCCAAAGAUCAACUUGGACGUUCCAAUGAAAGAGAUUUGUGCCCAAUUGACUCAAUUUGCUGUAUCUACUGCCGUUGAGUUGAAUGGUACAAUUAUCGUUGCUCGCGAUAUUGCACACGCCAGAUUUGCGGAAGCUCUCGAAAAGACGGGAAAGGUUCCUGAGUACUUAAAAGAACAUCCAGUGUAUUACGCCGGUCCUGCGAAACAACCCAAAGGAUAUCCAAGUGGUUCGUUUGGGCCAACUACAUCAGCGCGAAUGGAUCCAUAUGUGGAAAGACUGCAGAAGAAUGGAGGAAGUCUUGUGAUGAUUGCGAAAGGGAAUCGAAGUCAAGUAGUGACGGAUGCGUGUCAGAAAUACGGCGGAUUUUAUUUGGGAGCUAUUGGGGGUGCCGCUGCUUUGCUUGCGGAGAAGAACAUAAAGAGUGUUGAGUGUAUCGACUUUGAAGACCUCGGUAUGGAAGCCGUUUGGAAAAUCAAAGUUGAGAAUUUAAGGGCGUUUAUUCUAGUCGAUGACAAAGGAAACGACUUUUUCAAGCAGAUCAAGCCAAGGACUUGCCAGAAGUGUGACGAGUGCAAAUGCAAGUGA